AUCUCACUCAGUUCCUUUCAAUCUUUUCUCAUCUCAAACACAUUCAUUCUCACAUCAGGCACCUGACUUUGUCACACUCCACACUCACAAGUCACUACUUCGCGUCUAUCCGCCAAGAUAGUGACUGAACAACAAAACGAUCUGCACCAGUAACAACAUCGUCUCGCUUUCGUUCCCUUGCAUGUCGAAUUGUCAGUCACAUUCAUUUCGCCGCAACGUAUCCACGAUGUGCUACUAUCACGCCUAUUCCCACAAGUGCGGUCAUACCGAAUGCAUCAUCCAGAAGUUCUGUCCCAAGGGACAAAUGAUCCAGCAGAAGUGCGGAAGGGGGCACGAGGGGAUCAUCAUGGCUACGGUCAAGGUGGAGACCAGAUGUUCAGGCUGCAAGAAGUGAGAAACGGCUUAAAAUGGUGCUCGAAUACCAGAGAUCAUGGAUUACGGGAGCAUGGAGGAAGCAGGCCCUGAGCUGCUCAAUGUAUAAUUUCAGGAGUGGUUGUAAUCCUCAGGCAUUUUUAGCGAUCGCGGCGUUGGGUAUGGAGGUCUCCGCAUUGCUUUCAGCACAGCUUAGUUCUUGUUUAUCGUCGCGCUCAAAGUAGUUUACAUCAACCUC